AUGAAGGCCACCGCUACCAGGGCCGUCUGCGCCGCCGUCGCAAACGUGGCCGCGACUCGGCCCGCUGUCGCCUCGUCCUCGUCCUCUGCGUUCGCCUCUGGCUCGCUCUCGCACCUGCCCAACCCGGCGUGGCCCCGGUACGCUCGUGGCGCACGUCGUCUCUACUCGGCCCAGCCGACGCCUCCUCCUCAACCCGACACGUUUGCUUCCACACCGCCUCACCACUCCCUGCCUCUGUCGUCGUCGGAUCCCAGCGGCACCGCCCGGCCAACCAUCGAUCCCAGCUCUGACCCCGGCUCCAGCCCUCAGGACAAGGGUAGCGGCGGCGGCGGCAGCAGCGGGGGUCAAGGCCGAGCCAUCGUCUACAUCCUCGCUACAACAGCCACCAUCGGCGCGCUCAAUUACUUCUUCCUCUCCAGCCCGCCCUCGUCGUCGUCGGACGCCGCACGUGCCAAGCUGCAUCUCGAGCCGCGGCGCUACAACAGCCUGCCCCUCGUCUCGACCCAAUUCUACCCGACCCCGACGGAAACGGCGUCGGAGCACAAGCACCUUCAGAUCCUCCUUCCCCUCUCCCCUGCCCCCCCAUCGCCCUCUGCGGACAGAAGAAACGUCGAGGAUGGCGACGACGUGAUGGACCGGCUGCGCAUCCGCAGCGUCUACAUCAAGGAACCGGCGCUCCAGAUCGAACGCGCCUACACGCCGCUCUACGAUACGCUCCCCGGCAGCCACGUCGGGGCCGGACCGCACCUCGACCUCAUCAUCAAGCGGUAUCCCGACGGCGAACUCGGUCGGUACGCCCACCGACUCGCGCCCGGCCACCAGGUCGAGGUGCGCGGUCCCGUCGACACGUGGAGCUACGCCGCCCACCAUGCUGCGACGGCGACGGCAACGACGGAGCCGAUUUCGCCGCCAGAGGAAAUCGUCAUGCUCGUCGGUGGGACGGGCAUCACGCCGGCCUACCAGCUCAUCACGUCGCUGCUCGGUCGACCAUCAUCGUCAUCCUCGCCGAAUGGACCCACGGGCGAUGCUGGAGCGGCGGCACGCCGGCCCAAACUGACGCUGCUAUACGCCACAUCGAGCCUGCGAUCCGCGCUUCUGCUGCCGCAGCUGCACAACCUCGUCUUGGCACAUCCGGACCGGCUGCGCGUCGCCGUCUUUGCAGAUUCGCUCGAAACCAGCCAGGCGGCGUCGGCGUCGGCGUCGGCGAGGUCUAGACAGUGA